AUGUGCACCUGUCUCUGGGUCGAGUACUGCUGCGAAUGUGACAAGCCAGACUGCCCUCACAAACGACCCUCACACCCACGUCACCACGUUCAAGACAAGCUCUUCCAGAUCGACCACAAGGCCUGGCGAUACUGCCCUGACUUCAUCGAGUGGCUAGACGCAGUAAAACAAGAGCUCCAGGAUGCCAUUUCCAAGAACAACAACAGCACCGCCACCAGCAACAAUGAGCGCAGUAGAUUUACCUCUCAACAGCAAGACAAGGCUGCUACCAUCCGACCUUCAAGAUGCUUCGAGGACAGCACUGAUCCUCGGCACGAUGGCCGGCUGCCUCUCUGCGGAGACAUCUGGUACAGCGCCCGGAGGAUUGUGAAGGACUGUGAUUAUUGCAGGGACUACUGGAUCGGACGGAGCACGGACAAUGCCUUCUGA